AUGCCCAGACAACAGGAGUUCAUCUGUGGCCUCUCGUACGAGGUGACCAUAGCAGUUCUCCCCAGACUGAACAUGGAGGAGCUGAUGUUUGAACUCAACAGAAGGGUUCAAGUCCUGGACAAAGAGAACAGCAUCAAGGACAGGCUGGUCAGUAUCCUUAGGGACGUGAUGUUGGAGGAAUACCGUCAGUUGCAAAGUAUGUCUGAAGUACGUUCUCCAGACAAAACGAACAUACCCGUGCAAGACCAGGAGACAGCUACCAUGCAAGAGAACGUUCUGACAGCAUACGCAGAAACAACGUCAUCAGAGACUUCAAGUCCUGAUGCCUCACAGCAGAGUUCUGGACUGGACAUUGUGAUCAAGAAGGAAAGUGAUACAAGCAGUGACUUACUCGUACAUACAAAGGAGCCCGGGUUUGAUACAGAGCAGGAUUGUGAGAACAUUGCAACCCUUCCUCAAGACAACAACUCACAAAUAAAUGCUCAGCGCUACGUGUGUGACGUCUGCGGAUUCCACACAACACACGCACGCUAUCUCUCCCAGCAUAAGAAACGUCACAAAGGAGAAAAGCCUUUCAUGUGCGGCGAAUGUGGUUACAGGGCAUGUCAUGAGCGUCGUCUUGUCGAACACAUGAGAACACACACCGAGAAACCAUUCAAGUGUGAUCAAUGCAACUACAAGACGUCAUUUAAAAGUAUUCUCGUCGAGCAUAUGAAAAGACACACAGACGAAAAACCUUACAGCUGUGAUAUCUGUGACUACAAGGCCUAUAGAAAGUCAAAAUUAGAGAUACACAUGAUGUGCCACUUUGGUGUCAAGCCCUACAAGUGUGAAGAAUGUGAGUAUCGAACAGCUGACAAGGCCAAUCUUUACAAACACAGGAGGCUUCACACCGGUGAGAGACCCUUCAGUUGUCAAGAGUGUGACUACAAGGCAAGACAAAAGAUCAACCUCAUCAGGCAUAUGAAAAGGAAACACCUGUGA